CGAUGUGGCGUCUGCUUUUGGCAGUUGAAUUCGAACCACCCGAAACGUGAGGUUGUCGUUACUAGUGUGCUCUACAGCGAAAACCCCGCGAAGUCUGCCUUUUGUUGAGCUCCUUUUUCUUCUCGGUGGAAAACUAAUUUACUUCCAAGCCUUCAUCUUUUAUACUUAAUCAGACAGUUAGGCCAGAGAUAAGAUAUACGCUCUGUCAAUAUGGAUAUCUCGCGUAACGGUCGGUCAUCUAUGAGGGUCAUGUUACAAGUUCUGUCGUCGUGGUAACGUCCAACGUGAAGUGACUAGUGACUGUUGUACUUGUUCUGUACGUUUUUAACGUUUCUAUACGUUUCUUUGCGGAAAUUUACCAACCAAAUGUCCAUGUCGCUCACAUCAUGGAUAGUCUGAUCUGGUCUCUCGGCUGUUGGCCAUUAGACGGCAGAUUUUCUAUCCACACCUCUUUCCAUCCAGUUAUCGCAUCUUCAAAGUUCCUUGUGUCAUUACCGCCACCGUUAUGUCACAUCAAUACGUUAAUUUCUUUUGGUUGAUUGUGGCCGCUGCGUUGUUUGUCUUCUGGAUCGGCUACUGGCUCGUCCACAUUCUAGCAAUUGUUUACGGCAAAUGGAAAUUGCAUCAUAAGAGCUGUAAGCAACCAAAAGAAACGCCAUAUCCGGCCGUCUCAAUUUUGAAGCCACUUACUGGAGUCGACGUGAAUUUAUUUAGUAAUCUCGAAACAUUUUUCACAAUGCAAUAUCCAGUGUAUGAAUUGCUAUUUUGCAUCUGUGACGAAAGCGAUCCGUCUUUGAUGCUGGUAAAAAAAUUAAUGGAAAAAUAUCCGAAAAUAGACGCGCAAAUCUUUAUUGGCGGUGAAAAAGUAGGUAUUAAUCCAAAAAUUAACAAUAUUCAGCUUGGAUAUGCCUCUGCCAAAUAUGAAUUGUUCAUGAUCUCAGAUUCUGGUAUCCGAAUGAAAGAAGACACACUUAUUGACAUGGUAGAACAUAUGAAAGAAGAUGUUGGGCUCAUUCACCAAAUGCCAUUUGUUUGUGAUCGGGAAGGGUUCCCAGCUACGCUAGAGAAGAUUUAUUUCGGAACGGCUCAUGCGCGCAUCUACUUAGCGGCGGAUUUCGUGGGUGUUAACUGUGCUACCGGGAUGUCGGCUUUGAUGCGAAAGUCGCUGAUCGAUGACGCUGGUGGUCUUAAAGCCUUUGGAUGCUAUUUAGCCGAAGAUUUUUUCCUGGCAAAGGCCAUCAAAGACCGUGGCUGGAAGAUCGGCAUUUGCAGUCAACCUGCGUGGCAGAAUUCUGGCAUUUGCCACAUACCUACUUUCCAAGAAAGAAUCAUUCGUUGGGCGAAGUUAAGAAUCGCAAUGGUUCCUAGCACGAUUAUCUUCGAACCAGUUUCGGAGUGCAUGCUGCUUGGUGCCUUAGCUGCCUGGUCUAUCUACUGGCUGUUUGAGUGGGAUCCGCUUGCAGUUGGUUUGUUACAUAUUCUUGCAUGGUUUAUUCUUGAUUGGAUUCUUCUUUCAGUCGUGCAGGACGGCCCAUUGCCUUUCAGCAAGUUUGAAUUCGUUCUAGGGUGGUUUUUGCGUGAGUUGACUGCACCCUUCUUGUUUCUCAAUGCUCUUUUCCGACCUACCAUCCGUUGGAAGGCGGGAAUUUACCGUUUAAAGUGGGGUGGAGUAGUUGAGGAAUUAAAGCCUAAAGGGAAACCCUGACAGUUUAACCCGUGUUUCAGUUGAAUUUUCGAACAAGCACCGCAUCACAAGCGGCCGGAGUAAAAAUUAACAUUGAUCAUUGUGUGGAUUGUAAGUAAGUUAUUGAGAAAGUUGUUCUUUGUCAUUUUUAGUUAAAUCAGCUAUGUAUCGUUGGGCAUUUUCAUUGCCGAUGAACGCUCAUAAAGUCUAUUAGAAAAGAAAGUUAAUUUUGUGCUGGGAGCCAGCUUGCCUACCAGCAUACGUUAGUAAUAUUAGAUAUAUAAAUACAUAAUACGUAUGCACACACAUAAA